UCCCAGCAGAAAUCAAGACGUGACAACGUUUAAGAAUUGGACCCCGACAGUCUUUAAACAGAUUGCAGUGGUGGAUCCUACAUAUGCAAAGAGAUGAACCUGGAUGAGGACACUGGCCUGUCAGUUGGUUGUGGCAAUGGAAAACUUCGACAGUGGCUGAUCGAUCAGAUUGACAGCCAGAGGUAUCCCGGCCUGGUUUGGGAGAAUGAUGAUAAAUCCAUCUUCAGGAUCCCCUGGAAGCAUGCAGGAAAGCAAGACUACAAUAGAGAGGAGGAUGCUGCACUCUUCAAGGCUUGGGCAAUGUUUAAGGGAAAAUAUAAGGAGGGUGUAGACAAACCAGAUCCCCCUACAUGGAAAACCAGACUACGCUGUGCCCUUAAUAAAAGCAAUGACUUUGAUGAAAUUGUGGAAAGAAGCCAACUGGAUAUCUCAGACCCAUACAAAGUGUACAGAAUUAUUCCAGAAGGAGCCAAAAAGGGAAUGAAGAUGAACUGCAUGGAGGAGACAUCACCUCAAGUCAAUGCCAUAGGCUAUAUUCCACCGUAUACAUCACUACCUAACCAGGUACCCACCUAUGUGGUUUCUCCGGAGAGAAGGGAGUGGAGAGAUUAUCAUGCACUGCCUGAACAACAGUCUCUUAACAUGCAUCACCACGGGCCACACGGAGACCUGCAGUAUAGUCAGUGUCUCUUCCCAUCACCUAUCAACAGGGCUUGGCCUGCAUCCCACACAGAUAAUGGUUUUCAGCUCUCAUUCCACACCUACUUUUCAGAAUCACAACCACCUAUGUAUACAAUGGACCACAACAAUGUCAUGACAGAUUUCAGUCUGCAUGUGUGCCUGUACUAUAGGGAAUCGCUGGUGAAGGAGGUUACAGUCACUAACCCAGAGGGUUGUCGGAUCACCUCCACCUCCACAUCCUCCCCUUCCUCUUCCUCUUCUUCCUCCCCAUGUCCAGAAGACACGUUUCACAGUGGUGCAGAAAUCAUUCUUUUUCCAUCUCCAUAUCCCGAGUCUCAGAGACAAGGUGCUGAGCUGCUUCCUAACAUACUGGAGAAGGGGGUGCUUCUGUGGAUGACGGCAGACGGGCUGUAUGCCAAACGCCUUUGUCAGGGACGAGUGUACUGGGAAGGGCCUCUGGCCCCAUACGUGGAUAAACCCAACAAGCUGGAGAAGGAGCAGCCAUGCAAACUAUUUGACACCCAUCAGUUCCUUGUUGAUCUACAAAAUUUUGCCCAUAAUGGCCGUCAUUUGCCACGACACCAGGUGGUGCUAUGCUUUGGGGAUGAGUAUCCAGACCCCCAGCGUUCAAGGAAAAUGAUCACAGCACAGGUGGAGCCACUGUUUGCCCGGAAACUGUCAUACUAUUACCAGCAGAACACUGGUCACUACCUGCGAGCCUACGAUCACAUCCAGGAAGAGAGCAUCUCUCCGAUAGCUGACUAUACCGCUCAAAGACCUCUACAGCAUAUUCAGGAGUGAAAAGCACCCACAAACACAUGUGCACAUGCAGGGGUGAUUGAAGAUGGCUGUAAAGUUGUGGCCUUUCGUGACACCUUUCGACUGCAGUCCCGUGAACUGUUAGUGAUAGUGUGGAGGGGCAAAGAUGGGGAAGACCCUGUCCCUUUUACUUGCACACCUAUGCUCUGUAGUCUUUGUGUCUGUGACUGUGGAGUGAAGUUCUUUCUGUUUUUUUUCUUCUACAAAUAUUAUUGUGACAGUGUGAAGGAUGCGGUUUGAGGGUGGGGAAGAUGAGGGGAGCGGAGGGCAAGCUGAGACAGGAAGUACUAGCACAGGUGCACAGGAAGAAUGGCCCCUAAGACAAACACAGAUAUGUCAACGUGAUAAACCAGUUUAAAUGGAUACUUUUUCAUUCACAGGUAGCAGUUGACAGUGUGACCCGUGCUGUUGUAGUAAAGUGGCUGUGAAGACAAAAUCACCAUUUCUUGAUUCUGAUUUAGUUUUUUCUGUGGUUCAAAAUAUACAUGCUUGCAAACAAGGCUAAACUCAACAAAGCCAACAGCUCUGUUUCCAAGCUGGUUUAUUAAUUCCCUCAAUGGCUCCAGUGGCUCUCAUUGGUUAUGAGUAGCAAAUACCGUAGUCCCCUCCAUGUAAAGAACAACAUAGUUUAAUUUAUUGGAUAUAAUAUACUUUUAGAGAUUAUAUUAUUUAGAAAUCAUUUGAUUGCAGCUAGAAGGCAUGAAAAUAAUGAUUAUGAUUGUGCAACAAAAUAAUAAAUUGUGUUUCAUGCUCACAAAAAACACAUUGCAUAGUUGCAUAUGCACAAGAUGCAUUUGAAUUACAGAAGUCGGCUUCUCAAGCACUGUUUUGCUGUGAUGAACCUUAACCGAACUGGGUUGAGGGACACUGACUGGAAAACUUACAGGGAAAUGAUACCUGGUCUGAAAGAUCUGAAACUGGUGGCCCCACAAUUAGGAAGGAAAACCAAUUUCAUGGUUGAUGUACAUGUUAAACCAUAGGUGAGUUCCCAUGAAAUCCUUACUGUAGAGGUGCAGACACUGGUUUAAGUGUCCGGGCUAAACCUACAGACAUCACAAAGUGCCUGAGACGUGGAAUGCUGAAAUUUCCUUGAGUUGGAUUCCUCAUGGUACUGUUGUCCCGUGUGUUAAUACCGAAGGAGGAGGGAUAGAAAUGUUGCUGCUUUUCUUCUGUGGUCCAUAGUUUCAAUCUCAACAUUUACUUCCCUCUCACUUAGACCACAUCACUUUCUCAGAGUAUUACCAAAAUCACUGUCAGGAAUCUUUUUUUUCAUUUUUAUUUCAUGAAUCAUGAACCCCUUCUAGACACCUUAGAAUGUGAGCUCUCUGAUUUUCUACUAAGUGAGUUUGUUUGUUAUUGCUUCACAGUCAAGAAAUUUGGCCAAAAUCUCUCAGCUUCAUCUUCAGUGUAUGUUUUUUGUGUGUGUUGUAUUGUGUGUGUCUGUGUGUGUGUAUGUAUAAUGACCAUCUGGUUAUUGCUAUUAAUUUGUUAAGUUUGAGUUGAGAACAUGUAAGUUGUAUAUUAACAAAGUUGAAGUUCAUGCAUGUGUGGGAGGGUACGCAGUUGCGGUAUUACUGUUAUCAGGAAUUGACAUUUAUGGACUCAGGAUAAAGCUCGUGACUCCCCCACCCACGACACCAGUGACUCAAACACACACAACCAACAUGCCCAUCUCACGUCACAGAUUACAGUCACAGCUCAGACAAAACUAUGGUGGGAAAAAAAGAUCACAUUUGUCCAUGUAAAUGGUUUCAAUCAGCAUAUGUUAAUUGGGAUUUUUAUUAAAUAUAAAAGUGGUAUUUUGAGAUUUAUUUUUAAAUAAACACAUGCAAAACUAUUCAAAUGUGCCCUGCUUUGUUAUCUUUAAAACACCACUUUUGUAGACAAAGAAAGGAAGAAUAAGAGAAUCAGAUUUGGUUAGAAAAAGGAAAAAAAAGGAAAAAAA